CACACCCCCGCCAGGCCAUUUCCCGGCCACCACGCGUCUGCAGCUCCCUGGACUCGGCUCCUCUCGUCUCGGUUGGGGGUGGGGAUUGAGGAUUUCUUCCUCGCUCCUUCUUUUGUUAGUAGCUGUCUGGAUAUAUCGCUGGCACCCGGGAGACAGCACGAAUCGUGCUCUCGUUCGGGCGCGGCCGCAGCUACCUGAGCUGGAGGCGGAGGAGGAUGUUUGAUUUCAACAGCGAAUCCCAGCAGCAGGACCAAGUCCUAUUAUGCCCAAUCUUCACAAUCUGGAGGGAAAUUGAGGAAAUCUCAAGAACACAAGAGAAUCACUUACGAACGAAUCCACCACACAAGUUUACCGAAAUCACCACCAAUGAGAGACACACCUCAAGAUCCGAUAAAGGUAGGGGAUGGAAUCUGGGCUGAACGUAGUGAGAAUGAGGACCAUAUAGCACCUUGCCCCAAGGGUACGAAGGAUAGUAGAUCAAUCUGUGUUGGAGACCAGAAGAAGAAUGAUGAUGAAGCAGUUAGUGUUGUGGGCCUUACUGAAUGUACUUCAGGGGGGCGAACUGAACAUCCUGGUUUCAAAAAGCAGCCUGCCACUGAGGCCAGUGGACAUUAUUCAGCUACACAUCUUGACAUGGAAUCCUGGCCUGACCUGCCUCUCCUGAGCACUGCAUUUGAUAGAAACUACAAUGACAAUAAUAUAGCAUCAACAUAUUUGGAUUUCAAUUCUGCAUCUAGUUUACAGAAAGCCACCAGAGGCGUGUCAGUGCCGCUGGAUGGUGAACCUGAAGUGUUUGACAACGAGCAUGAAGAAAAGGGCAACAACUUUCUCGACUGCGACUGGGGUAAUAUUGGAGAUUUUGAUGAUUUUGACUGCUUGUUUAGCAACACUGAAGCCUUAUUUGGUAAUGAGAUGAUUGUUAAUGGCAGUGAUUUCCUCGUUACGCCUUCAGAUGUGGUUGAUGGUACUGUACAAUCAAUCCUCUUUCCGUGUAUACCAUUAAAUAAGCAACCAUCUUCUGAUUGUGGAUCUUCUUCGCUUCUGAUUGAUGGUACUCCCAGUAAAAUAGCCAAACAAGAAAUCAAGGGAGAUGUGGAGAAGAGGCCAAUGAAAUCACAAAUAAAACCAGAUGAAGGAAGCAAAAGUAAAACAUCCUACAAUACAAGUGGUUUCUCCCAGAACCAAGGACACCAGCAACCAGACAGUUUGCACUCAUUAUCCGAACCUCCUGUCCAGCAUUUUCAGACUUGUCAAUAUGCACUGCUCCAUGAUAGCAAGAAUAUGGAGCAAUUUCAAGAUGCUAUUCAGCUUGCAUUCCCUGGCUAUGGAUAUCCUGCAUAUCCGUUUUCUAACAUCCCGGUGGUGUCAAAUAUUCAGGCUGAAGACCAUCAGACAAACCCAAAGGCUGCAUGUUACCAAACUUCAGUAGAUCCUCUGAAGCAAUCAAGUUCCACCGAAAAGCCACAAGAUAUGCCAUCAAGGGCACUGACGAUGACACCCCAGGAAAAGAUUGAAAAGCUUAGGCGCCGGCAACAACAGCAAGCCCUGAGAGCUAUUCAACAACAGCAGCAGCAAUUUCGUCAAGAGGGUUCGGGCAGGAACAUGUUGGUACCUCAAGCGUACUCCCGAAGGAAAAAGAACUCAGAUUCAUUAGGGAGUUCAGGUAUCAUAGGCGAAAAUGCACCAGAGCAGACUUCAGCUUGUCAUAAAGAGAUACAUAAGAUUUUUGGAAUUCCUGAUGAUCCCUUUUUAGAGGAAAAAAUAUAUUAUGAGCUUAAAGAUGCCCUUGGGAAGCUGGAUGCCAGAACUCGACUCUGCAUUCGAGACAGUUUGCUUCGAUUGGCUCAUAGUUCCUCACAGAGACAAAUUGCUAGUGACAGAACUAGCAGUAACAAGACUAAAAGAGAUGAAGAUGAAGUUCCAGAAAAUGACGUGUCCAACAGGAGAAAACGGUAUAUUGCUUCAUGCCAAAGUGGAUCUCUGGUAAAGGAAGCAGAAACAGACACAAAUCCAAUAGAUCGAAUUGUAGCCCAUUUGCUGUUCCAUAGACUAUGUCCGAUGGUUCCAACACACGCAAAGGAAGAAAUCGCAUCCUCGACUCUGAUGUCACCUGAAGCUGGUGAAUAUGUUAUUUUCUACAUUCCAAGAUGCCUGGAACCACGCCCGGGGCACCAUCAGGAGAUCAAUAGAUUGCGCAGGAAGUGGCAAUUCAGCCUUCAGUGUAACGAAUAUGCGUUCAAAGUUUACCGAAAUGGUAGUAAAAUAUGAUUCUGUAUUUGCAUUUUGAUUUUCGCCUGGAUGGUUCGUCUUUCUCCAUAGAGUACGUAGCUGGAGACCAACGUGACAUCAGAAUGGUACCUACUUCUAUACUUUCUCGGUUCCUAAAUACAAGUCUUUUUAGAGAUUACACUACGGACUACGUACAUAGUAAAAUAGUAAAAUGAGUGAUGUCUAUUUA